AUGGCCCUGGCUGUCGUGUUGCAGCUGAGUUAUGUUUUGAAUGCGGCCUUGUCUCUCAGCUCCUCCUUCUGCCUUCCUUUUCCAGUGGACAGCUUGGACCCCAAUUUCCAGAGCGACCAGCAAAGCAAGCGUUUCCCACUGCAUGCUGCAGCGCAGAAAGGAUACAUGGAGAUCUGCCACGUUUUGUUGCAGGCUGGUGCCAACAUAAACACUGUGGACAAACUACGCCGGACACCUCUGAUGGAAGCUGUUGCGAACAACCACGUGGAGCUAGCACAUUACUUUAUCAAAAGAGGUGCUUGUGUUUACACCAAGGAGGAUGAUGGAUCUACCUGUCUCCAUCAUGCUGCCAAGAAUGGGAAUGUUCAGAUGGUCAGCUUGCUGCUCUCCACAGGACAAGUGGAUGUCAACGCUCAGGACAGCGGGGGGUGGACCCCCAUUAUCUGGGCUGCGGAGCACAAGCAUAUCGAGGUGAUCCGCAUGCUGCUCACCCGUGGAGCCGACGUCACCUUGACUGAUAAUGAAGAGAACAUUUGCUUGCACUGGGCCUCCUUCACAGGGAGCGCGGAGAUUGCUGAGGUCCUGUUGAACGCACAGUGCGAUCUCCAUGCGGUCAACUUCCACGGAGACACACCCCUGCACAUAGCUGCCCGGGAGAGCUACCAGGACUGUGUCCUCCUGUUCCUGUCACGAGGGGCUGACACCGAAGUCCGGAACAAAGAAGGGGACUCGCCUGUGGACCUGACUUUGGAGAACUCAGAGGUGUGGUUUGCCCUCCAGCUCAACCGCAAGAUCCGCCAAGGCAUCCUUAACCGCUCCAUGCGGACAGAACGUAUCAUCAGCAGAGAUGUUGCCCGUGGCUAUGAAAACGUGCCUAUCCCCUGCGUCAACUCCGUGGAUGAUGAACCGUGCCCGGAAGAUUACAAAUACAUCUCGGAGAACUGCGAGACAUCCACUAUGAACAUCGAUCGCAACAUCACCCAUUUGCAGCAUUGCACUUGCCAGGACGACUGUUCCUCCAGCAACUGCCUGUGUGGGCAGCUCAGCAUCCGCUGCUGGUAUGACAAGGAUGGUCGUUUGCUGCAGGAGUUCAACAAGAUUGAGCCGCCCUUGAUUUUCGAAUGCAACCAGGCCUGCACCUGCUGGAGGAACUGCAAGAACCGUGUGGUGCAGAGUGGCAUCAAGGUCCGGUUACAGUUGUACCGCACAGCCAAAAUGGGAUGGGGUGUCCGAGCGUUGCAGACCAUCCCCCAGGGAACCUUUAUAUGCGAGUACGUGGGGGAGCUUAUUUCAGACGCAGAGGCGGAUGUGAGGGAAGACGACUCCUACCUGUUCGAUCUAGAUAAUAAGGACGGCGAGGUGUACUGCAUCGACGCGCGCUACUAUGGCAACGUCAGCCGGUUCAUCAACCACCUGUGUGACCCCAACAUCAUCCCCGUGCGGGUGUUUAUGCUGCACCAAGACCUGCGUUUCCCCCGCAUUGCCUUCUUCAGCAGCCGAGACAUCCGGACUGGCGAGGAGUUGGGAUUUGACUAUGGCGACCGUUUCUGGGACAUCAAGAGCAAGUAUUUCACUUGUCAAUGCGGCUCGGAGAAGUGCAAGCACUCGGCUGAGGCCAUCGCCCUGGAACAGAGCCGUCUCGCCCGCCUGGAGGCCCACCAGGACCUGUUGCCAGAUGCUGGUAGCCUCCCUGUCAUUCAGGCAUAAUCUGGACCCGGCUGCCGAUCCUGAACACUGAGAUCUUCCCACUUCUUCCACUAGCUGCAGGGUUCUCUUUCUGGACGGGCAAGAGAGUCUGUUGGAACAUGACAGGGUUCUUGUCUUCUCCCUCAGAAGAUCUCGUUGAUGAGGGGGGAAAAGGAGUUCUGAAGAGAGAUGGGUCCCGAUCCAGGGAGCUGAAAAAGAGAGAACUUCACACAGAUGAAAACUCUUCACACAGAAAAAAGGGGAUAAGGCAUAAGUAUCUGCGCUUGGGUAGUCUUUUCUUCCCACUGAGCAGGUCUAUGUAUCUUGGGACCCUCUGCUCUACUUACCAAUGGUGUAUGGGUGACAACCCCUGCACACACACACACACACACACACACAC